AUCUCAAUACCAAUAAAAGAUGGCGUCGAAGAAGAAACGUGUGGCGGAGCCGAUGGUGACUGAAACAGUGGAGAGCGAUUCCGAUGAAAGCAGUGACGAUGGUUUUGAUGACAACGAAAUGGACAAUGAAAACAGUACUCCGAUAAAUCAGGAAGUACAAGUGGAAUUUGAAGCUCGUAUGCUGGAUGACAGUGACUUCCAUGGUGUUAAAACUCUUCUGCAACAGGUGUUCCUGAAAGCGAACAUCAAUCUCUCUGAGCUCACCAACACUCUUAUAUCCCAGAACUUUGUUGGAUGUGUUAUCAAGCAAAUGGAUAUUCCUGAUGAUGAUGAUGAUGAUGGAAUGGAGGAUGAUGACAGUGAUGCAGUGUUUGGAGUAAUGUCAGUUGUAAAUAUUACAGAAAAGAAGGACCUGGAGUGUGUACAACAGGUACGCUCCCUUCUGCUGGACCAUUGUAAAGCCUGCGCCAAAGAGAAAAUGUCUCGUUUCUCUGAUAUGAUACAUGAUUCUGAUAAACACAUGGGCCUCCUGCUCAGCGAGCGGUAUCUCAACAUCCCUCCACAUAUCUCGGUUCCUAUGUACGACUCCUUGAUAAAGGAUAUGGAGAAAUGCCAGAGAAAACAAAUGAAGUACUCCUUUGCUAGAUAUGUGAUGAUCAGCAAGACGUUUCGUAUGAAGAGUGCCAGUAAACAGAAGGAAGAGCCAAUCAACUUUUCCAAUUCAGAGGAGGAACUGCUGCAUGAGGUGAGUGAGCUGAGCUUUACUUACUCUGUGGAGGAUGAUCGGGACACAGUCGUGGGUGGUCAGUGGGACUCUGACAAUCCUAUGGAGGCCUUGCGGACAGUAAUGGUCAUCCCUGCUGACCAGCUGAGUGUGGCAUUGACCAGAAUAAAGGCUGAACUGGCUUCAACCUAAUUUUGCAAUAUUAAAAUUGUUUUAUCUUUAA